AUUCACAAAAAAAGAAAAAGAAAAACAGCAAGAAUGACAGUAUCUGGCAUCCUUCGCUGUCAUUUAUUGUGUGCCCUCAAUGACAGAAGCACCAGAGCCGAGGAGAAAGACAUCGCCAGACCAAGCCAAAGAUCUUUAGAAUUGGAGCGAAAUGACCUAGGUGUCUUCUGCGACUACACAAUAUCCAGAUUUAGCCUUCCAUACACUGCGUUUGGGUCUUCAGUUUUGAAAAGUACCACGUGUGUGUACGUGGUGUUCUAGCAUAGUGGUAUACGUUUGUGUAAGACGGUUCCUAAAGUCAAACCCUGCUAAAAUGGGGGAUGCAGAGUACAACAUUUUACUGUGUCAUGGGUCCAGUAAAUACGAGGUGGUGGUUUGGGGCGCCAUGACCUUGGCUGACUUGGCCAGUAAGAUUGAGGCAGUGACUCAUAUCUCUCAAGCCAGUCAGAAGAUCAUAUUCAAAGGGAAAAACCUGGUUGACCCCGGUGUGACCCUUGCCAGCUAUGGCAUUGGGCCCGGGGCAAAGGUCAUGGUGUUGGGGAAGAAAUUUGAUCCUGAGGAUGAUGCUAGUUAUCAAGCUGUGGCCCAGAUUGAUAAUUCGUGCUCGGCCGUGGAAAAAAAGCUGAACGACUUAUUGCCUGAAGUCGACAGUAUUGCUAAUGGCUACAUGGAACCUCACUUGUGUGGAGAAGCACUUGGGAAGCUGAAGAAACAACUACUUGGGGUGAAUGAGGAGUUCAUGAGGUUACUGGAACGACUUGACGGAAUAUCCUUCGAGGAGAACCAAGCACCUGCAAGACAGAAGAGGAAGUCGGUAGUGCAGAGAAUCCAGCAUUUAAUGGAAAGGACUGACCAAGUACAAGAAAAUAUUAAUCACCUAAUUAAGAGCUAUUCCUAGUAACAGCUAGAACUUAGCUUUGUGAUGAUAUGCUCCAAGAACAAGUAGGCAAUGGUGGUUCAAUUUUUUUUGCCGAGUUUGAUGCUGUAUUCUAGUGUGUGGCAGAGUUGAGAUGGCUAUGGCAUUUACAAAUGUCGUGCAAUUUGUUUUUCCUUUUUUUUUUAUAUAUAUAUAUAUAUAAUGAAAGUGAUAAUAGCAGGAUUAUUAGGAUAAUAUUGUUAAUUAUUCCAGAUACCCAACUCAUUUCACAUGUACCUUAAUGGAAUUGAUGUGUUUGCUUUGGUGUGCAUGAUAUUCAUGUACUAAUGUUUUUAUUUUAUUUUAAUUUUUUUAUCUUUUUUGAUACUUCCAUUAAGAUGUUCAGUUCUGGGACCAGUCAUGGGCUUCUGCUUUCAUGCAACAAUUUUGAGAAUGCUGUAGUCCUUUUGAUUUUUUCUGGAAGGUAAACGUUUUACCUUUUUUGUUUUUUCUUUUUUCUUUUUUUUUUUUGCAUAGCCCUUUUUUCUGUUAUUUUUGCAUUAUGUUUACUACACCUACUUUUAUGGAAUUUUUGUUUUGUUUAUGUAUUUAUUUGUAUUUUUUUGGAAAUUGAUUACAUUUUGUAUUUUAAAGACGUAAUCAAGUCCUGUUAUAAGAAAAGGGAUGAGUUUAUAUUUUUGUUAUGUUUUCUUUGGUUUCUUUUGUAUUAUUGAACUUUUCAGUUUUAUUUGUUCAUCAUCUUUUUUGGAGGAUUGAGGAGAACACUGUAUUUUAUAGUUAGAUAAAGUUUACACACAUGCAUAUUUCCAUAAACAAGAACAAAAUUGUACAUUAACCAUUAGAAGAAAUAGGUUGAAUAUUUAGUUUUUAGUAGUAAAUAUUACUCUAUCUGAUAGUGAAUAUUUAUAAUACAAGAAAUAUGAAUUUCUAUAUAAUGUUAUGCUAUGGCUAGUUAAACAUAUUUGGUGGAUUAAUGACAUAUAGGUUGUAGUCAUAUUAAGGUGCGGCUAAGAAAGAGAGAAACAGAAAGUCGAUUGCUUAAGAAAUAUUCUCUUCAGACUUUUAUGUCAAUGAUUUGCAGCUUUCCUAGAACAUUGUCGGAGAGAGAAAAUUGGUCUGCUUUGGUAUCUAUGAAAAAAAAAAAAAGAUAAAGGAAAAUCAUCGACCUUCAUCUCUGUGAUUUUUGUCAAGUUUUCUGCAACGUUAAGCUUGCCAUGCGGCCUCUGAGUUACUGAUUGGUCAAGCUGCUCCAGUCAGCCAGUCAGUCAGGUGUUUCAGUCAGCCGGUCUGUAAGUCCGUCUGUCAGCAGCUUCAAAGUCAGAGUGUGGGAGCCUAACGUUCAGAAAAGCAGAGAAACACACUACAAACGUCGUCUCAGUACUAACCCCUUUCUAUGAUUCUCAAUGAAGGGCAGUCUUUGUGAUGCAGCUUCAGGAGUGCUUUGUGUCGAAAGCACUUGCUAAAAAUCCUGCCAUCAGUUUUUAUGUUGGGGAAUAUAAACAAAACAAAAAAAACAAAAAACAAAAAAAAUAAUGUCCAGUACAAUUCCCCUGCAAGUUUUACAAGUUGAAUUUUAAAAUAUAUACACCAUAUUGCCAUGUACCUGAAAGUGAUUAGAACAGGUAGACAUUAAUUCAGGUAUCAAUUAAAUGAAUAGUGUAUUUUUUAAAUGUUGCACAUUCUCGUAUCUUGCCUUACAAUGGCUAUUGAGUGUUGAACUGGUUAUAGAUUUUUUCUUUGUAGAUAAUGAGUAUAGUUUUGUAAUUUGUUAUAGAUAUAUUUAUUGAUUAUUAUUAUUUUUGUAUUGUUUCUUUCUAUUUUGUAGGUAGAGUUAAGCCAUUGGUUCAUAAUAUUGUUUUAUCCUCAUUUCACCCCCAAAAAUGGAUUUUUGAAUUACUUGUAGAUAAUUUGAAGCCCUCCUGCUUGAAACAGACAUUUAAUUUCCCUUGCCAUGUAAAUGGUCCUGAACUCAGUAUCUGGAAUUGCAGUGCAAAUAUUGAAUGAAAAACAAUGCUGUAUAAAUACAAUUUUAUUAGUGAAAUUUGAAUAAUAGUUGGAAGUGCAUUAGAAUCUUAAAAAAUCCUGAAUAAAUAAAAAUAUAUCUAGCUUUUUUUUUUAAAGAAAAAAGCAAAGACCAAAAACUGCUAUAUCAUUAUUAGAAUUAUAUGAAUAUAAAUCAUCCAGAGUCCUUGUUGUAAUGAAUUAUCUAGUUGCAAAUGAGAAUCAUGAAUGCGUCCGUCUACCAUGUACAUAACUUCUGGGUAUGAUGUAUGUGCUUAAUGGAGCUUAAUAACUUACUAAUUUAUUAAACUACUCAUUAAUACUUACAUGAUGUGGAGGUAAAAGUUUCAGUAUGGCUCUUGGUAGCACUAAGAAAAAUCCACUCUCACUAUGCCUAUGUCUUGGUUCAACACACUCAGCAUUAGACUAGUCAUAGCCCAAGUAUUGGUUUCUUAAUUGUAAUAUGUGUAAGGAAGACAAAGGAAUUUUUUUCCUGAUCAUUCUUUUCUUUUGAGGUAGUAUCUGUACCAUUAAAAGUUAAUAAGAUAUGUUGAGUUUAAUCAUAAAAUGUAAAGAUUUUGUUUUAUAGCUCUCAGGAAUAGUAAUAACAUUUGUGUUGCUAUGUUUACUUGUCAGACAUAUUUUAGUUACUAAAGCCUUCAUGGUUAUUCAUAUAUGUAUUUGUGAACACUGCUCUCUGACAGAUAGAGUUCCUUUUGUAAGAGAAUAGUAAAAGAUAUUUGAAAACCAGUUAGGCUUACUACUGUUUGCUUAUGUUUAUAGUGCUUUUGGUUAAAAAUGAUGAAGAGAUGGAUAUGAGGAGAAGAGAUAAUGUGAAAUAAUGACUAAGUUUGUUUAGAAUACAUUGAAUGAUGUAGGCGAUCCUCUUCUUUAAUGUAGCAUUUGCUUUUGUUUAAAAGAAAAUCAGUUGAUUACAUGAUUCUCAAGAAUUAUGCAUUUUUGCGAGUGUAUAAAACCCUUGCACUGAAUAUUUUCUACUGCACACCGAUUAUAAAAAAAAAAAAAAAAAAAAAGCUUCAAUCUGUAUGUAAAGACCUAUGCAUCAUUUUUAUAUACUUUAGAUGUGUAUAUUAUUUGGUACUUUUUAAAAAUUAUUGACAGAAUAACACUAACAUCCCAAAAAAUAUUGAAUGCCAUGUAGAAUAUUGGUCUGAGUGUAUUUUAAAAAGUAAUAAAAGAAAAAAUACCGAGA